ACAUACAGUUUCGUUUAUCCUUAAUCAGAGCAUGAGGUGGAAACUGAAACUUAACUCGCAUAGCUCCCAAAAUUAGGCUACCUAACCUUCCCUAUAAAAACCCUCCCCAGCAACUAUGUUUCAUCAGACAGAGUUUGGAUGAGGAUCUCAUUGAUUUGCAGAAGGAAUGUCUGAGGACAAACUUAAACUGUUGUCCUGCCACUUUACUUGGGACUUGCAAAAGGAAGAUGCUGACCUUAACUUUCUCGAAGUGAAAGUUCGUGAGAGACUGGCAGUGAAGUGCGAGUGUGGAGGAAAACUGAAACAAAGAGAAUUCAACUUUUUGGCCUUUAUUAAGCAUUUACAAGGAUUUAACGAUGAGGCGCUUAAGAACCUGCAACUAGCAAAGAAGGAACAACCGGACGAUGACAGCAAUGUGAUUGUGACGUAUGGAAACUUGGCCUGGGUGCACAGUCUCAUGGGAAAUGUGACUGAAGCUGAGACUUACACAGAGAAAGUGCAUGAAAUCCUUAGAGCUUUCCCUGCUCCGUCUCCAGCAGAGCUUCACAGAGAAGUUCAGAGCGAAAAAGCCUGGUCGCUUCUCAAGUUUUCUAGAAAGACCUACAUCAGGGCCAAGGAGAGUUUCCUUGAAGCUUUACAGAAAGAGCCGGAUGACAAGGAAUGGAACACAGGCUUUGCCUUUUCUCUGUUCCGUCUGGAGGGACUGAAGAUUGGUCAGUACAAGCGUGUACGGUUUGAAGAGUCUCCUGCUGUGCUCCAGUUGAAGAAAGCUCUGAACCUGGACCCGGAGAAUGCAAUGAUCCAUGUGUAUCUGGGGCUUAAGUGCUACAAGAACACAAAGAACGGAAAUAACGCAGAAGCAUGGCAAUACAUGACGCAAGCGCUCGCCAUGGCUCCAGAUAACCUCAGCGUUGUUUUGCAUGUUGCAAAGUUCAUGAAGAAAGAGCAGUGUUAUGACAAGGCCCUGAAAGUGUUGCUGGAAAUGCUGAAGAAAGCACCCGACUCGUCUCGUUUGCAUCAUGAGAUUGCCAACAACUACCGCUGGAAAGCCAUGCAGAUGAAUGACGUACACAAUCCGGAGCUGCUGGGCCUUUGCAUUCACCACUUAGAGAAGGGUACCACUUUAAACCCAGGCUACAUAUACCCACAGCUGGAGUUAGCGCUGAGGUAUGCAGAGCAAAAGGAGAUGGCUAAAGCAGAGCAGAAGUUCACCGAGCUGUUUGCCCUCCCUGACCUGAAGCCAGCUGACCGUCAAGCCUGGCAUCGCAUGUAUGGGGAUUUCAAGCAGUACAGGUUGGGCUCAGAGAGAGCUGCGGUGGAGCAUUAUAAACAAGGAAUGAUGCUGGGGCGAGUGUCCAGCGAAUGGAUGGCAUGCAGAAACAGACUGAGGAAAGUCCUUCAGCAUGACAGACGGGACACAUAUGAGAUCCGGAUGUUCUUUCAUUCCUUUAAAACAGAGAACCAAGAUGAUUAAGAGAGAUCAAUUCAAUCUCUGUUCAAGUUCCUGUCGUAAUCUUCAGUCACGUAAUGAUCAUAGCAAUAGUUCUGCUGUUUCCUUUUUGAUCCACUGAGUGUUAGCAGAGUUAUAUAUAUAAGUGUAUUAUUUUUACAGUAUAUAAUCUGUUUUUCCAAAUGUUUAUUAUAAUCAAUUAAUUGUCAGGUAGAUGACGAUAACCAGCCAUUUGUGUGAAGACAUUAACAUAAUGUAGUCUUUAAGUGUCUUUUCAAGUUAAACCUCAAUUUGUACACACAUGUAAUGCAGUUUUUCAUGAUGCCCCCCCCCCCCCUUAUGCCUCUUUAUGAUGCACUGAUGACUGAAUGUAUAAAAAUUGAAGGAAAUAUUGAAAAUUAUCAGUGGUUUUAGUUGUUCCAACAUCUAAAAUAUGAUGAAUUAUGUUGAUAAAUUAACAUGACAACUGCUUAGAGUGCAGCAUUUUUAUUUCAGUGGACCUAAGCAUUGUUUUCUUUAUCAUUUUUAGUUAAAAUAUGCAGCAGACAUGCACCUUUAGAUCAAUACAAGCUGAGCGAAUACGAGCUAAAUUGCUAGUAUUCAAAACAGAUUUAUUUUUUCAAUUAGCUGCAGGAAUUUUGCUUUAUCUGGAGUUCAAGAAACACACACAAACACUGUGAGAUAUUUUACAGUCUCAAUCAAAUUAAUGAAAAAAAGACACAAAAUGACAAAUAUGUUAAAUAUAAACAAGCACUAAUGGUUUCAGACUAUGUAAAUGUGUUAUACUAAAUGUAAAGUAUUUAUUUCUAAACUAGACACCCUCACAUGAGAAUGCAUACAGUACGUGUGGUGCUUAUGUUGUUAUUGGCUGCUCAUGUAGAAGCUGUGCUGUUGGAUCGAUUCCAGCUCAGUGACCGCUCAGCAUGACUGAAAAUGUAGAGCUGACUUGUGCUUUUCUGCAGCACAAAUAUGUACAUUAUAGCUUGAAGAAUGUUGCUGUUGCAGUAAAAUAUCUGCACAUUUGACAAUAUGAUGAAAUAGUAGUGUUGUUAAAUAAUAAAAGCAACAUAGAUAUAAAGCAGUUGAUUUUCACAGUUCUGCUGAAAAUCACAUACGCUACCGCAGUAUAUAACAUUUUGCUGAGCUUGCAGGAAUAGAAUAUGGAAUUCUCUACAUAUAUUAAACCAGAAAAACAAUAGCCUACAUUAUUACAUCUCCAUAUAUAUAA